AUGUACAGACUUGUGCAGAAUUUGAAAAGAUUGAAAAAGCCUCUUAAUAGAUUGAGCUGGAGUAAUGGAAAUUUGUUUGAGAAAGUAAAUAGUUUGAGGGAGAAUCUUAGGAAGGUUCAGGAUAUUUGUGAUAAAGAGCCAUGUAAUGCUGAGAUUAGAAAAGAAGCUGCAAAAGUUUUGAAUGAGUAUGUUGAAGCAAAAAGUGAAGGAAAUAGGUAUGAAGGGGAAGGGGUGGCUGCACAAUUUGUUGCUCAUUUUGAGAAUUUUCUUGGGAAAACAUUGCCUGUGGAACCUCUAAUGGAAGGUUUAUUUAAGAAUGUGCUAAAUACUGAGGAAGCUAAUGAAAUGGUGAGAUGUGUGACUGAUGAAGAAAUUAAAGAAGCAAUGUUUGAGAUUGAUAGUAAUAAGGCUUCUGGCCCUGAUGGAUACACCUCUGGUUUUUUUAAGAAGGCUUGGGUGGUGAUUGGUAAGGAUGUAUGUAAUGCUGUUAGGGAAUUUUUUAUUAAUGGUAAGCUGCUUGGGGAAGUAAAUGCAACUUUAGUAGCCUUAAUUCCUAAUAUUACUACCCCUAAUAAGGUAUCAGACUUUAGACCUAUAGCUUGUUGCAAUGUUAUCUACAAAUGCAUAAGUAAGAUUCUAACUAAAAGAAUUCAGAAUGUGCUUGGAAAGAUUGUUCAUAUUAUUCAAAGUUCAUUUGUGCUUGGAAGACACAUUCAAGAUAACAUUUUGAUUGCACAAGAAUUGUUGAGGGGGUAUAACAGGAAGUAUGGACCAAGGAGAUGUGCUAUGCAAAUUGAUAUACAAAAAGCAUAUGACACUAUUCUAAGGAAUUCAAGUAUCAUUUUGGGUGUAAGGUGUUGUGCUGAUGAUUUGUUAGUUUUGUGUAAAGGGGAUGUUGCUUCUGUUAAGGUAGUUAAGCAAAGUCUGGAUGAUUUCUCCAAGGUUUCUGGUUUAAUUCCUAACUUGGGUAAAAGUGUUAUAUUUUUUGGAAGCAUGGCUGAAAGGGAUAAAGCUGAGAUAUUACAAAUUAUGCCUUUUAAAUGUGGGAAGCUUCCUGUUAGAUAUUUGGGGGUGCCAUUACUUGCUAAGAAAUUGAGUGUUGCAGACUGUAGAAUUCUCAUUGAUAGAAUUAAGAGUAGAAUUGAUUGCUGGAGGAAUAAAACUUUAUCCUAUGCUGGUAGAAUUCAAUUGAUAUCUUCAGUUUUAGCCUCAAUGCAAGUUUAUUGGGCUUCAGUGUACAUGAUACCUAAUACUGUGAUCAAAGAAUUGAGAAAGUUUUCAAAAGUUUUCUAUGGAAUUCUGGGGAAUCUGCUAAAGUUUUGGAAAAUAGUAGAGGAUAAAGAUUCACUUUGGGCUAAAUGGGUUAAUGUGGUAAAAUUAAAAAAUUCUAAUGUUUGGGUUGUUUCAGUUGAUAAACAGGAUAGUUGGGGAUGGAAAGUAAUGAUGGAUUUAAGAGAUAAAAUUAGAGGUUUUGUUAGAUAUGAAGUUGGUAAUGGUAGGAGAAUUUCUUUGUGGUAUGAUAGGUGGUGUACAGUUGGUCCUUUGUGUGAUCAAAUUACAAGAAGAACUAUUUUUGAAGGUAAAUUUAGAGAUAAUAUGACAGUUGCAAAUAUGAUUAUUGAUGGAAAAUGGAGGUGGCCAGAGGAUUGGUUAAAUAAAUAUGAGUUCUUGAGAGAUAUUGAGUUCUGUACAAAUCAAGUUUGGAAAGAUUUGAGACCUGAUUGGGAAAAGGUAGUUUGGAAGAAUGUUGUUUGGUUUAGUCAUAUGGUGCCAAGGCAUGCAUUUAUCUUGUGGUUGGCAGUUCAGAGAAAGUUGAUGACUCAAGAUAGAAUAAUGAAAUGGCAGACUAAUGGGGAUUUUACAUGUCCUCUGUGUCAAAGAGGAGUUGAUAGUCAUGAACACUUGUUCUUUCAAUGUGAGUAUGCAAUGCAAGUGUGGAAGAAUAUUACAGAUAACUCUCCUAUAUUAAGUGGCAGUAUAGGGAUGUUUGAUGUAAUUGAGAAAAUUGCAGCAAUGAAAACCCAGAAUAAUCUUGCAGUUAUUGUUAGCAAAUUGGUCCUGGCUGCAUCUGUCUAUUUUGUGUGGCAGGAAAGGAAUUUGAGAAACUUUAAGAAGGAAGAGAGAAGUGUAGAAACUUUGUGCAGAAUAAUAAAGGAUAAUGUAAGGCAUAAAAUGAUGUCAAUUAGUGUUAAAAACACUAUGAAGGUAAGCAAUAUUGCUAAAGGAUGGAACUUGAGAUGGAGUAAUAACUCUCUGGUUGCUAUUGAAGAUUAA